UCCAUUUCUUGCCAAGGCUAAAAGGACAUGCCCACUUGAUCCCUGGACUCUCUUGGGACGACUUCCACUCUGCAUCCUCUUGCCCCUCAGGGCGCAGUGCGCAGAUGGGCUUGCCUUAGCCCCUCCAGCCAGAUUUUUGAGGCCUCUGUCACACACCCCCACAAACCCCUCCCCCACCCCCAGAGACUUUUCUUGACUUCCACCAGUUGCUCGGGCGGGUGAGAGUGGAGAGGCCCCUCCUUCAUCCCCCAGGCUCCCUCCCUUCCUGGAGCUGCAGCCUCGGCAUCCUCUGCCCAGCACCCCAGGAUUCAGGCGUUGGGUCCCGCCCUUGUAGGCUGUCCAACUCAAACAGGCCGGGCAGGAUAUAUAAGAGAAUGCACCGCGCACCACACACACGAGUCCUGCACUGUUGCCGCAGAAGCCGCCCAGCCCAUCGAGAGCCUAGUUCCGGCCAGGGUCGCCCGGCAACCACGAGCCCAGCCAAUCAGCGCCCUGGACUGCACCAGAGCCAUGGUCGGCAGAAGAGCACUGAUCGUACUGGCUCACUCAGAGAGGACGUCCUUCAACUAUGCCAUGAAGGAGGCUGCUGUAGCGGCUUUGAAGAAGAAAGGAUGGGAGGUGGUGGAGUCGGACCUGUAUGCCAUGAACUUCAAUCCCAUCAUUUCCAGAAAGGACAUCACAGGUAAACUGAAGGACCCUGAGAACUUUCAGUAUCCUGCCGAGUCUGUUCUGGCUUAUAAAGAAGGCCAUCUGAGCCCAGAUAUUGUGGCUGAACAAAAGAAGCUGGAAGCCGCAGACCUUGUGAUAUUCCAGUUCCCCCUGCAGUGGUUUGGAGUCCCUGCCAUUCUGAAAGGCUGGUUUGAGCGAGUGUUCGUAGGAGAGUUUGCUUACACGUACGCUGCCAUGUAUGACAAAGGACCCUUCCGGAGUAAGAAGGCAGUGCUUUCCAUCACCACUGGUGGCAGUGGCUCCAUGUACUCUCUGCAAGGGAUCCACGGGGACAUGAAUGUCAUUCUCUGGCCAAUUCAGAGUGGCAUUCUGCAUUUCUGUGGCUUCCAAGUCUUAGAACCUCAACUGACAUAUAGCAUUGGGCACACUCCAGCAGACGCCCGAAUUCAGAUCCUGGAAGGAUGGAAGAAACGCCUGGAGAAUAUUUGGGAUGAGACACCACUGUAUUUUGCUCCAAGCAGCCUCUUUGACCUCAACUUCCAGGCAGGAUUCUUAAUGAAAAAAGAGGUACAGGAUGAGGAGAAAAACAAGAAAUUUGGCCUUUCUGUGGGCCAUCACUUGGGCAAGUCCAUCCCAACUGACAACCAGAUCAAAGCUAGAAAAUGAGAUUCCUAAGACUGGAUUUCCUUCUAACAUGUUAUCAAAUCUGAGUGUCUUUCCAGGCUUCCCUGAUUUGCUUUAGUUUUUAAGAUUUGGGUUUUUCUUUUUCCACAAGGAAUAAAUAGAAGAGGGAAUCGACUGUAUUCGUGCAUUUUUGGAUCAUUUUUACUGAUUCUUAUGAUUACUAUCAUGGCAUAUAACCAAAAUCCGACUGGGCUCAAGAGGCCACUUAGGGAAAGAUGUAGAAAGAUGCUAGAAAAUGUUCUAGAAAAUGCUAGAAAUUGUGUAGGCAUCUACACAAUUUAAUUCCUCUUUUUAGGGCUAAAGUCUUAGGGUACAGUUUGGCUAGGUAUCAUUCAACUCUUCAGUGUUCUAUUAAUCACCUCUCUGUAGUUUAUGGCAGAAGGGAAUUGCUAAGAGAAGGAAAAGACUGAAUCUGCCUGCCCUAAGGGAUUUAACUUGUUUGGUAGUUAGUCAUCUAAUGCUUGUUUAUGAUAUUUCUUGCUUUCGAUUGCAAUGCAGUGACUAAUAUGCCUAGCACAAUUGUCACUCUUGGUCAGCUUUUGUUGUUUAUAUACAGUACACAGAUACCUUGAAAGGAAGAGCUCAUAAAUCUCUUCCUUACUGCAGUCAUCUACUAUUUUUUUUUUAAUUAAAAAAAAUUUUUUUUUGAAGCAGUCUUGCUCUGUCAUCCAGGCUGGAGUGCAGUGGCGUGAUCUUGGCUCACUGCAACCUUUGCCUCCCAGGUUCCAGCGAUUCUCCUGCCUCAGCCUCCCUAGUAGCUGGGAUGACAGGCACCUGCCAUCAUGCCCGGCUAAUUUUUGUAUUUUUAGUAGAGACGGGUUUUCACCGUGUUACAGGCUGGUCUCCAACUCCUGACCUCAGGUGAUCCGCCUGCCUCAGCCUCCCAAAGUGCUGGGAUUACAGGCGUGAGCCACCGCAGCUGGUCCUUGCAAUCUUCUACUUUAAGGUUUGCAGAGAUAAACCAAUAAAUCCACACCGUACAUCUGCAAUAUGAAUUCAAGAAAGGAAAUAGUACCUUCAAUACUUAAAAACAGACUUCCACAAAAAAUACUUUAUUUCUGAUCUAUACAAACUUUCAAAAGGUUAUUUUAUCAUUGCUAAACUGAUGCUUUACCAUGGGAUGGGGUCCAGUCCCAUGACUUCGGGGUACAAUUGUAAACCUAGAGUUUUAUCAACUUUGGUGAACAGUUUUGGCAUAAUAGUCAAUUUCUACUUCUGGAAGUCAUCUCAUUCCACUGUUGGUAUUAUAUAAUUCAAAGAGAAUAUGAUAAAACACUGCCCUCUUGUGGUGCAUUGAAAGAAGAGACGAGAAAUGAUGAAAAGGUUGCCGGAAAAAUGGGAGACAGCCUCUUACUUGCCAAGAAAAUGAAGGGAUUGGACCGAGCUGGAGAACCUCCUUUACCAGAUGCUGACUGGCACUGGUGGUUUUUGCUCUCGACAGUAUCCACAAUAGCUGACGGCUGGGUGUUUCAGUUUGAAAAUAUUUUCUGUUGCCUUCAUCUUCACUGCAAUUUUGUGUAAAUUUCUCAAAGAUCUGAAUUAAAUGAAUAAAAUUCAUUUCUACAGACCCACA